GGCGGGCAGGCACGGAGCCGCCGUCCCGCACCCGCGCACUUGCCGGAGAUGAGCCGCGCGGCGCUGCGGGUCUCGCUCCUGCUCCCGCUCCUGCUCCUGCCCGCCCUGGGCCGCGCCAGCUCCGAGAGCGACAACGACCAGGAGCACGGUGGCGAGGAGUCCCCGCACUCCCCGGGGAAAGGCCACAGUCACUGGAGCUAUGAAGACCGGGAGCACUGGGGUUCAGAUUACCCAGACUGUGGGGGCACCAAGCAGUCACCCAUCAACGUUGACACAGCUCGGACCAUCUUCAGCCCUGACCUGCGGCCCAUCCAGCUCUCUGGAUACAGCCUGCCCGCCAACGAGAAGCUCAUGCUGAAGAACAAUGGGCACACAGUUGUCCUGGAGCUACCCGAGUCGCUGGCCAUCAGUGGUGGCUAUGCCCAGCAGUACCGAGCUGUGCAGCUGCACCUGCACUGGGGAUCCCCGUUGUCACUUGGCUCCGAGCACACCGUCGAUGGGCGACGCUUUGGUGCGGAGAUCCAUGUGGUCCACUACAACACCAAGUAUGGCAGCUUUAAUGAGGCAAUGGUUCACCCAGAUGGCCUAGCUGUACUCGGAGCCUUUCUGGAGGUUGGGCCAAGUGAGAACCCGUACUAUCAGGAGAUACUUGAGCAUCUGUACGAAAUCGAAGGAGUAGGGCAGCAAGUCUUGGUGCCCGGAUUCAACAUUGCAGGUUUGCUGCCUGACAACCUGAAACUCUACUUCCACUACAACGGCUCUCUGACCACCCCUCCCUGCUACCAGACGGUGAAGUGGACAAUCUUCAACCAGACCAUGAAGCUCUCUCGUGACCAGAUGUCAGUGCUGGUGAGGAGCCUGAGAACCGACGACAGCGAUCUCCUGCAGAACAAUUACCGGCCAGUGCAGGACCUGCACGGGCGACGGGUGCUGGCGAGUUUCCAGACCACCCUGCCUUCAGAGAAGCACACUCCUGGUAGUGACGGUUCAGCAGCAACAGCAGGACACUCCAGCUCAUUUCAUGCAGGGGACGUGCUGGCCGUGCUCUUCGGGGUGCUCUUUGCUGUCACAGCACUGGCCUUCCUGCUGUAUAUCUACAAGCACCGCAGCCAGAAUGCACGGCUGGACUCGCCAACCAAAUCCAAAGUCAUCUACACAGCAGCCAGCACUGAGAACACUGCAUAAAGUCCACUCCUCUGUGGUAGUCCCAGCCCCACCGGUUCAGCUGCCACCCCACCUCCCCUCACUCCCACCCCGGGCCAAGGAUGAGCCAGUGCUCCAGCAUCCCUUGGCUGCACAGGCUGCCCACACAGACUGUUUGCCUGGGGCAGCAUUUGACCCCAACAGAUAUUUUUGUUAUAAAAAAGGUAAAAACUAUUAAAAAAA